AUUACACGUGGCCAAGGCUGAUUUGAGAGACUGGGUACAAAGAUCAUGUUUUUUGUUGUGCUCAGCUGUGACCAGAAUCGACAGAUAUCGAGAUGUUCUUCCAUCAUUGCUUGGGGAUAUUCAUUUUCAUCACAGCAUCGUCUCUUCCAUGGAUCAAUGCAUCUGACCAAACAUUCGCUCUUUGUGACGGCCAAAGGGGUUUCAUACGCUGUGAGAAUGGAACCAAAAUCAGAAUAGUGUCGGCCAACUACGGACGGACAGAUGACCAGGUGUGUCCAGGUGGUGACACUAGUACCCGCACAUGUCUCUCAAAGUCAUCAGAAAUCAAGGUCAGAUGGAACUGUAAUGGUUACUCGUCCUGUCAUCUUCGGGCGUCAAAUCAACUCUUUGGAAACCCGUGUACCAACUUUUCGAAAUAUUUAGAGGUCAAAUACUCCUGUAUUAACAUUUUAGAAAAAAAUAUGAGAGAGAAGCCAAUUAUUGCUUUCAAUGCGUACCUCACGAAAACACUGACUAUGCACAUCAGUACCCCCGUCAAUAUUGUGUAUGAUGGUUUGAUCCUUAACUAUGGAAACGCGUACAAUCCCCAUCACGGGAUCUUCACAGCGCCAUCUGCUGGGCUAUACAUUUUUACCUGGACGAGUUUUGUUGAUUCUGGAAAAUCAUUUAACACAGAACUUCUUGUAAAUGGACAAGGAAAAGGCGUAGCAAAUUGUCAUAAUAGUUAUAAUAAAGGGUAUGAAAACUGCGCGAACGCUGUACCUGUAGUUCUAAAAAAAGGAGAUAAAGUCAACAUUCGAACUACCUACGCCAAUUCUUUGAUCAGGGACUGGUCAAGUUUCAAAGGAUGGAAAGUAUAAGAAAGUACUCCAACAAUUUCAAAUCCUAUCAAUUUUACUCAUUUGAUGUUAAUGAAUCAUCAAAAAACUUACCAACUUAUUCGACACAAUUGUUUAUUAUCUAGUUUGAAAUAAAUGAACAUUCUUGAAGACCAUUAAGUUGUCAUCAUCUUUGGCAAGCUUUGCAAGCUAGAAUUAACCAACAAAAGUAGCAACCACUUUCAAAACUCGACUAACAUUCUAAACAAUUAGGAAAAUAUUACUGAACCAUU